AUGUCCGCCACGCCCAUUAAAUUUUCCGGUAGUUUCUUAAAUACAGAAUUAUUAAGGGAAUUCGUGUGUUUGGCUUGUCAGCAAUCCUUAACCGAGGAAGAUAUUAGCGAGCGAAAUUAUUCCUUGUACGUGAGUAGUCAGCAAAACCAAAUCGUCAAAGAGGAAUACGGAACCCAGUCUUUUUACGGGUUGAAAUUUUGGUUGCGGACCGUGCAACACAGACGUUGUCAACUUAGGAAAUCGCAACCAA